AUGGAGGACCACGAGGAGGGCAUUUUGCGGCCGGCUGAAAUUUCAACUGCUACAGUGUCCUUCGGUUUCACUCGCACAUCUUCCCGGAGACAGCUGGCGGACUUAGGAGCCAGUGCGAAAACCGCCCCAGAGGAGAAGGAAUUCCUGAACACAAUAGAAGGUGUGAAGUCCCUGGAAACCCCCAAAGAAUUAGUCAUUCCAGUGAUCCAGAAUGUUUUGCGAAGACAACCAUUGUCCCAGACCCCUCGACCGUCCACUGAUUCUAAGGCCUUGAUGGAUAGUGAGCUGUCACAGGCUGUGAAGGAGCUGGUUGAGGAAUCCAAGAAGUCUCUGGAGGAGAGAGAGAAUGCAGGUGUUGAUCCCACACUUGCCAUCCCUAUGAUCCCGAAAGGAUGUGUCCCCAGUGGGGAAGACGCAGACAAUGAACCCCAGGCUGAGACAGUGCCAAAGGAGGCUGACUAUGAGGUAGUCCCUGUGGAGGCCUAUGGGAUGGCCAUGCUGCGAGGCAUGGGCUGGAAACCUGGCAAAGGCAUCGGCCGUACUUUUAAUCCAGUCGUGAAACUCCAGAACCAUUCAGUGAGACCCAAGGGGUUAGGGCUAGGGGUCAACCUCACCGAGGCCCGGGCCCUGGCCUCCAUUGGCUCUCACCAUUCAUCAAGGCCAGGUGGGGAGCAACAGAAGGAUAAAGACAUUGAGCCUCAAGGACUGGUGAUUGGGGGAGCUGUACUGAUCUUUUCUGGCCCUCAUCGCGGCCUCUACGGGAAGGUGGAAGGCAUUGAUCCUGACAAUGUGCGGGCCAUGGUUCGUCUGGCAGAGAGCAGCCGCAUAGUAACUGUUAGUGAGUACUGCCUGAAGCCUGUUUCACAAAAGGAAUUUGACAGCAACACCUUGCAUACUGGCAAAGGGAGAAAAACUGCACAGCAACAUAAUGAAACCUCAUCAGUGAAGGCUGACCAGAACCAAGACUCCCAGGUCCACCAAGAGAACUCAGAGAAGCGGAAAUACCCUGCAGACCGACAGGACGGACCUGCAGCCAAGAAUGAGAAAGUGGCCUCCAGAAGUCACCACUGGUUGCACCGGGAUCUGCGGGUGCGGUUUGUGGAUAAGCUGUACAAGGGUGGCCAGUAUUACAAUACCAAGAUGAUUAUUGAAGAUGUCCUAAGCCCAGAUACCUGUGUGUGUCGGACAGAUAACGGUCAAAUCCUGGAAGGCUUAAAGGAAAACAUGCUGGAGACUUUGGUUCCCAAGGAAGAGGGAGACCUUGUGAUGGUGGUACUAGGAACACAGGUUGGAAAGUUAGGACAUCUGCUGGACAGAGACAGAGCACGGAACCGGGCUUUGGUGCAACUGCAAAGCGAGAAUGAGGCAGUGGAGCUGCACUAUGAUGCCAUCUGCCAGUACAUGGGCCCCAGUAACUUGGAUGAAGACUGAUCCAUGGGACAAUCCCAUGGCCUGCGCUCCUUCCAUUGCUAGAACUGAUAUCUUUGUGAAUAUGAGGAAAUAAUUGUUCCAUCUUCCCUACAGUGCAAGGAUAGGGAUUGAAUGGACCAAAAGGGACAAACAAUACAAUAAAGAUACAAUAAAAAUAUUUAAAAUA